CUACCAAUGCUUUGAAGUCAAUAACAAGACAUGUGCUCUGAUGCCAUGACGUAGCAGAACACUAUAACAAAACCUGUUCAUUCAUGUGCUACAGAACUGCAAUAACGAGAUCUCCUGCUCCAUUUGCUCUUUUUUUUUGUCUUAAUUGCACAUUUGCACAUUUAGGUCCAUCUCCAUCUUUUAUUUUUUAGUUGUUCUCCACAACAUCCUAUUACCCUAACUCCUUUGCUCCACAGGCCCAGCGAAGCGAACUACUUUUAUAUAAAAUGGUAUAUGCAACAGCCGACAUUGGUUUUAAGCAAGAUGUUCCUCAGGCUCAAAAUGCCUUCCUCCAGGAUCCAGUCUUGGCUUCUAUCCUGGAGAGACUCUUGCCUAGCAAUGUGUUCAAAGAAGUUACCCCCGAUCUCGUCCACAUUUCUGACUGGUCCAUUUCAGAGGGAUCGGCAUUACUCAAGCGAAUGGAAGAGGAUCAACCGAGGCUGCGUCAAUAUGAUCAUUGGUGCAGACGGGUUGACGAGCUCUUGGUGACUGAAGCAUGGAACAAACAAAAGGAUAUUGCUGCUCGUGAGGGCAUUGUUGCAAUCGCGUACGAACGCAAGUAUGGUCAAUAUUCCCGUAUCUAUCAAAUGGCGAAGCUGAUGCUCUGGUCUGUUGGAUCUGGCCUUUACAGUUGUCCCAUUGCCAUGACAGACGGUUGUGCUCGCGUCAUUGAGCUUCUUGGAACACAGGAAAUGAAAGAUCAGAUCUUUACUAGACUUAUCAGUCGCGACCCCUCUACAUUUUACACGAGUGGCCAAUGGAUGACAGAACGCCCCGGUGGAAGCGAUGUCGGCCGUACAGAGACCCAAGCUGUUUGGAACGAGGAGAAGAAAGUAUGGUCUAUCUCUGGCUUUAAAUGGUUCUCUAGUGCCACAGAUGCUGAUGUAACUAUGCUUUUAGCCAGAACACAUGAUCCUAGGCCGGAUCUUGCUCCCGGCAACAUGAAAUCUGACAGCAGAGGCUUAUCAUUGUACUUGGCUCGAGUCCGUGACGAUCAAGGAAAGCUUAAUGGCGUUACCAUCCACCGUCUGAAAGACAAGGUUGGCACCAAGGCCUUGCCAACGGCUGAAUUGCAAUUGAGUGGCAUGGAGGCGCAGCAAGUUGGAGAAAUCUAUCGUGGUGUCAGAAAUAUCUCUUCGAUCCUUAACAUUACACGCAUGCAUUGUGGCAUCAACUGCGCCUCCGUUAUGCAGUCGUUACUCCUUGGAGCAAAGGAUUAUGCACGCCGUCGUGAAGUUUUUGGGGCGCUUUUAAAGGACCAACCACUGCACUUGGCUACCCUCGCCAAUAUGGAGCUGCAGUAUCGCGCCACUUGCCAGUUUUUAUUCUUUUGUGUUACUUUGCUUGGCCGUAUUGAGGCUUUGGACAACAAUUUGCCAGAGAUUAAGAACCGUGAUAUGCCUCUUCUUCGUCUCCUGACCCCCAUCUUGAAGCUUUGGAGUGCUAAGCAUGCAUUCUAUUUCUCACAGGAGGCUAUGGAAUGCUAUGGUGGUCAAGGAUACAUGGAGGAGACUGGAAUCGGACGUGCGAUGAGAGAUGUCCUUGUGAACACAAUCUGGGAAGGAACGUCGAAUGUUUUAUCGUUGGACUUGCUUCGUGUUAUGACUGAGACCGGAGGAGCGGCCCUACAGCUGUACUCUGAUACCAUCCGUGAAAUCUUGAAGCAACUGAAGAAUCUGCCCACUUGGAUCAAGUCUGUCAAGAGUUUAGAAGAAUGUUUGGUUCUGAUCGCGAUCCGUUUCACGUCCUAUGCGACAUUAGAGGGUCGCAAGACAUUAGAGGCCUCUGCCCGGGGAUUGUCUUUGGCUAUGGCUGAUGUGCUUGCAGGAGCAUUGAUGUGUGAGCAUGCCAUUUGGUCGGAGGCCAAGGCCAAGGCAAAUCCAUCUGACACUGUUGCUGCUGCGGAGGCUAAGGUGGACAGGAUCUCGGCUCAGAGGUGGUGCGAGGAGCUUUACCAGCGAGUUGACAGUCAGAUUCAAUCUUUGGGCCAGGAGGAGCGAUAUGAAGAAAACAAGCAGAUGCUCUUUACACUUGCCGACGCACGUAAUGCUGUAUCGCCUUCCGCCAAAGAUAGAGGUGAAAUGUUUGGCGAGUCCAAACUCUAGGUUUUAUUUAGUUGUCUAUUUGAAAUAUAAAUAUAUGUGAGCUUGUGUUG